GCUGCGCCCCGGCGCGCCCCGCCGCUCGGGGGGAUGUCUUACAAACCGAACUUGACCGCGCACAUGCCUGCCGCCUCCCUCAACGCCGCUGGGAGCGUCCACCCGCCCUCCACCAGCAUGGCGACGUCUUCACAGUACCGCCAGCUGCUGAGUGACUACGGCCCGCCAUCUCUAGGCUACACCCAGGGCACUGGGAACAGCCAGGUGCCCCAGAGCAAAUAUGCUGAGCUGCUGGCCAUCAUCGAAGAGCUGGGGAAGGAGAUCAGACCCACCUAUGCGGGCAGCAAGAGUGCGAUGGAGAGACUAAAACGAGGCAUCAUCCAUGCCCGAGGAUUGGUGCGGGAGUGCCUGGCUGAAACGGAGCGGAACGCCAGGUCCUAGCUGCCUUUUGAGCCUGGAAGGUUUUCCAGCUUCUUCCCAGAGGAGAAGUUACGGUUCACCUCCCUUGUUCAGAUGAAACUCUUGUUUUCAAAAUGGUUAACCAGUUCAGUUUCUCCUCCCCCGCCCCUCCCAUGUUCACUUAGGCUCUGAAUCUACAGUCUCUUUAAGAUUGAGGAAAGAUUUUGAAAUUGAUUAGGAGUUACAUUUGAAAUAGUUAGGAACUUCCCAGGUGUUUGUGGUUUUCUUUUUUUAAAAGCGUUGAUUCAAAAGAUGCACGUAGAAGUUACCUCUCUUACAGCAAACUAGUUUUGACUCUAAGAUACCAGUGUCUGGUUUUCUUUUGAAUACAUUUACGUUAACCCAGACUGUUCUGUGUUCCUUUCCACAAGCUGAUACAACUUGAAGUUUCUCAGCAGCGCGGACUUGACGGCACACUUAACCUAGCGGCCAGUCCCCUCGUCUGCCGUACGGUAUAGAUUCUGCUUCGUGUAACUUCUUUUUUGCUUAAGCAUAUUUGCAUGAUUAUUAGUGCUUUGAAGUCCAUUCUAAAACGCACAAGUUAUAAAUACAGAAGAAAGAGCAACCUCCCAAAUCAAACCUAGCAAGGACCCCUGAAAUUUUUCCUAAGACUGUAUGUAGAUUUCAGUUCUGCCUUUUCUGAGGGUUGACCCAAACAUCUGGAAGAAAAUGGAACUGUUUGCGUCUUUGUAUUUAUUACUUGAUGUAAUAAAGCUUAUU